AUGACCUCUGAGUACCCGGAAGACCCCGUGGAGCUGGGGGACCCCAACGUCUUCAUCUGCUUCAUGGACCGCUUCUCUCCCUUGGUGCUGAACAUCACCUGCCUGAAGAACAACGGGGUGGUCUCGCAGGGCAUGGAGGAGACCAGCUUCUAUCCCAGUGUGGACAACACCUUCUGCAAGUUCUCCUACCUCCCCUUCGUCCCGGAGCAGAGGGACUUCUACAUCUGCCAGGUGGAGCACUGGGACCUCCCCGAGGGGAGCACGGAGAAGAUCUGGUAUUCCAAGGCUCCAUCUCCCAUCCCUGAGAUGAUGGAGAACGUGCUCUGUGCCGUGGGCUUGGCUGUUGGCAUUCUGGGCAUCAUCGCUGGCACCAUCUGUUUGGUUUAA